CUUCUGCUCAUUAAUACCAACCUUUCGAAACUCGCUGCUUUGUCUCUCUCUUCGGGAGCAGAGAUACUAUGCCGCCUUUAUUUCCUGCUCUUCGAACUAUAAAAGCUGGCCACCGGCAAUGCCGGUAGCGCUUCGAUAACGGCGGCGCUGAGUCAGAUCAACCGAUGGUAACACUCCUCCGCCAUCGCUUCUUACUCCUCUUCAUCGCCGCCGGAUUCCUCCCCUUUGCCGCCGGAAAAAACCUCAGCUCUGCCGUGGAUUUUGCUGCGCUGUACAGCCUCCGCGCCUCGCUGGGUUUGCGCGCACGCGACUGGCCUCGGAGAGUCGACCCGUGCUCGUCAUGGGCCGGCGUUGGCUGUGAUGCCGGCGGGCGAGUUGUGUCGCUCGACAUACACGGGCUCCGGCGGACUCGACUCGGUCGCCUGAACCCUCGAUUCGCAGUCGAAGGGAUUCAGAAUCUCACUCGGUUGUCUUCCUUUAACGCUACUGGAUUCACACUUCUUGGCUUUAUUCCGGACUGGUUCGGCAGCCACCUACCGCCAUCGCUUGCCGUACUCGACCUUCGUCGGACGUCUAUUUACGGGGAGAUACCAUACUCUCUAGGCGGGGCCACUGGUCUCAAGGUGCUCUCCCUCGCGGAAAACUCGGUUACUGGCAGUAUCCCUCCCACACUAGGCAAGUUGACAAAUCUCUCAUUUCUCGAUCUCUCCCGGAACUUGCUCUCCGGCGAUUUGCCUUCCGAGCUUACUGGCAUUGGCAACGUCACUUACCUUGACCUCUCUUCCAACUUUCUCACCGGCGCAGUACUAUCGGAGAUCGGAGAUUUGUCGAAGUUGGAAACCUUGAUUCUUUCUAAUAACAGCUUCACUGGCUCCAUUCCUCCGGAGCUCGGGAACGUCUCUUCCCUCGUUACACUCGAUCUCAGCUUCAAUUCGCUGUUCGGUACUUUGCGUGAUGAGUUGCGUAAUCUUAGGAGUUUGCAACAUCUGAACUUGGGGGGCAACUUCCUUAGUGGAUUUCUAGGAUCAAGUUUCUUCUCCGAUUUGUCAUUGCUUGAGUCGAUCACAUUGAGCCGAAAUAACUUCUCCGGCAAGCUACCGGACUCACUAUGGUCGCUCUCAAAAUUGCGAUUCCUUGAUGUUUCCUACAACAACUUCACAGGCAGCCUGCCGGAUCUCUCUCCGACCAACGCCAAUCACAAUUCAAUUGGUGGUUCAAUUAAUCUUUCACAUAAUAUUUUGUAUGGUUCGAUCUCCUCAGGGUUUGCAGCCCUGCUUUCCAGGCUUAGCUAUGCGGACAUAUCAGAUAACUAUUUUCGUGGUUUGGUGCCUCAUUAUCGUACCGGCAGGAUUUUAUCUUUCAAAUCGAACUGCUUUCAGAAUGCUUCGAGCCAGAGAACCCAUGCUCUAUGCGAGAAGUUUUAUGAGGAAAGAGGGAUACCCUAUGAUGAUAUUGUGAAUGAAAAUGCACCUCCAGCUGCUAGCCUCAGCUCCAACUCAUCCAAGAACAACAACGCCUGGAAGUUUAUUGUCAUUGCGAUUGUUGGCGGGACUGCUCUCCUUGUGUUUCUGAUAAUAUCUAUCGUGCUGUGUUUUAGAUGGUGCAGUAAACAUUCAUCUGAGAGGAGGGAUGCCAAUCUGAGUGCUGCUUCAUCUGCCCUUGGAGGAGGCUCUGCCGCACAUCCUGCAGUUGCUGUCAAUUUGCCAGUUGCGGGUGCGGCCUUCUCAUUUGAACAAUUGACACUGGCAACCUCAAAUUUUGGCGAGGGAAAUCUAAUCAAGCAUGGGAAAUCAGGAGAUAUCUACCAUGGAGUGUUGGAUAAUGGGAUGCAUGUGAUUGUUAAGAGGAUAAACAUGAGCAAAGUUAAGAAGGAUUCUUAUAUGGUGGAAUUGGAUUUUUUUGCUAGAUUUUCACAUGAAAGGUUGGUUCCUUUUGUCGGUCAUUGCUCGGAUAAUGAGAAUGAGAAGUUUCUUGUUUACAGGCAAAUGCCUCAUCGUGACUUGUCUAGCGCACUUUAUAGAAAACCCUCACCAGGGGAGGAUGGUUUACAGUCCCUGGACUGGAUAACAAGGUUGAAGAUAGCAACAGGGACAGCAGAGGCUCUCUGUUUUCUGCAUCAUGAGUGUGUGCCGUCAUUGGUUCAUAGGACAUCUGAGCAAAGUACCUCAGGCCAGCCACCCGCAUCCUGCGCCUAUGAUGUGCACUGUUUCGGCAAGGUUCUACUAGAGCUGGUGACAGGCAAGCUCGGCAUCAGCGGCUCAAACGACGCCUCAACCAACGAAUGGCUCGAGCACACAUUAUGCUUCAUCAACAUCUACGAAAAAGAGCUCGUAACAAAAAUAGUCGACCCUUCGCUCAUCGUCGACGAGGACUUGCUCGAAGAAGUGUGGGCAAUGGCGAUUGUGGCGAGGUCUUGCCUGAAUCCCAAGUCCUCGAAGCGGCCCCUCAUGAAGUACAUUCUGAAAGCAUUAGAAAAUCCAUUAAAGGUGGUUCGAGAAGAGCACCACUCUGGUUCAGGAAGAUUAAAAGCUACAUCCUCGAGAGGUUCUUGGAGCGCUGUUUUCUUCGGAAGCUGGCGGCAAAGUUCGUCGGACAUUCCUUCGGUUUCGGCGCAGCCGAGGGAGGACCGGAGUUUGAGGCGCUCGGGUACAAUGAGAUCGCAGGGAAGUGUGGGCGAGCAUUCCCUCUCUCGCCGGAGGCCUCCUAAGGAUAUCUUCCCUGAGCCACAGGAGAUUGAGGAUUAAUAAAUGGAGGUCUAAAGCUGAUUCUUUGGAUAAAAUGAUUCAUUGCAGGCUCCCUAUUUGUGUGCCUGCCAACAAUCAACAUCUAACAUGCAGGUACUCGGAUCCUAAUCAAUUACCAUUUUGAUUGUCUGAUGCAAUUUAUAUAACUUAGGCCUACAAAUUUAUUUUUGGCGGCUUAAAUUGAUCCCAUUAAUUAAUUAAAUUUUUUAU